AUGGCUUACCAGACUGAGGUGAUAAGCUCUCAGCCCCAGGUGACAGUUACCAGCUACACUAUAUCCUCAGGCUCCACAGACUGGAGCUCCAAUGUAUGCGAUUGCUGUGAAGACUGUGGCAUCUGUCUGUGUGGCACAUUCUUACCCUGCAUCCUGGGAUGCAAAGUGGCUCAGGAUCAUGGAGAGAGCUGCUGUCUGCCUUUCCUCCCAGGGGCCCUUAUCGCCCUGAGAACCAGCAUCCGCAGCAAGUACAAUAUUUCGGGCUCUAUCUGUGAUGACUGGGUGAUCAUGGCCUGCCUACCUCACUGUGGACUCUGUCAGAUGGCCAGAGAGCAAAAGAUGAGAGGCUGA